UAAGGGUCCUCAAAGGCCUAAUGACUUAUAAUUAUUAAAAAGAAUAAUUACAUAACAAGUAGAAUGGGUAUCUGCAUAUCCGUUGCAUCUUCAGAGAUUCAUGGAAUCCCUCAAGUUCAUGAUGAAAAUAUCAUGAUAUUUGAAGCAAGCAAGAUUCAACAUGAGACUCAAAGAAUUUGUUCUGUUUACUCUAAACAAGGUACUAAAGGUCUCAACCAAGAUGCUGCAUCUCUUUAUAAGGGUUAUGGGAUUGAAGAUGGAGCAUUUUGUGGUGUUUAUGAUGGACAUGGAAGGAAUGGACGUAUAGUGAGCAAAAUAGUAAACAAUAGUUUACCUUCUCUCAUAUUGAGCCAAAAGAAUGCUAUUGAGGAGAUUAAUGGUGUUGACAACAAACAAAACCAAUUUUCAAAAAACUUCCUAAAUAUGAAAGAAGCUAUUCUUGGUGCUUUCAAAGUGAUGGAUGAGGAGGUGAAAUUACAAGAGAAUCUUGAUUGUUCUUGUAGUGGAACAACUGCUGUAGUUGUCAUAAGACAGGGUGAAGGACUUUUCAUAGCUAAUUUGGGUGAUUCAAGAGCAAUCUUAGGGACAAUUCAUGAUGCAAAACUCAAAGCUAUUCAAUUGACUACAGAUUUGAAGCCUGGAUUGCCUUCCGAAGCAAAGAGAAUAAGGAGUUGCAACGGUUGUGUAUAUGCGCUGAAGGAAGAACCACAUGUCCAACGAGUAUGGUUGCCCAACCAGAACUACCCGGGUCUAGCCAUGUCUAGAGCUUUUGGAGAUUUUAUACUUAAAGACCAUGGAGUUAUUGCUAUUCCAGAUAUUUCCUAUCACCCUUUAACAUCAAGUGACCAAUUUAUUGUUCUUGCAAGUGAUGGGGUGUGGGAUGUACUAAGUAAUGAGGAGGUUGCAUCAAUUGUGUGGAUGAUAGAAAGUGAAGAGGAAGCUGCAAGGGCAGUGGUGGAAGCAGCCACAGCUGCUUGGGCAAAGAAGUAUCCUUCCUCUAGGGUAGAUGACUGUACAGUGGUUUGCCUUUUCCUGCAGAAGAAACCACAAAACUUGGGGUAUAUGGAAAAGGGAAAAUUAGGUUAAAUGCCCCGUCCACUAAUUAUCUAUAAAGGCAUAGCUACAAUGUAUUGUAAAACCACUAAAAAGAAAGAAGGUACAAAAUGUAGGGACACAAGUACACAACACAAAUGAAAUAUGGAAUAAACCAUCAAUUUAGUGUCAAGUGUGAACAAUGGCAAUGUUAGUUUUAGAGAUACAAAUCAUUCCACACUUUUUUCUUGUGAAAUAUACACUAUGGUUAAAUUCCUUACUUUGUUAGCUCAAGGACUAAAUUGAGGGCAAAAUAAUAAAUAUAUAUUUCAAA